CCCUCACAACUUUUCCCUCCCACUCCAUCCCAUUGCAUUGCAUCGAUUCAGACGUCCUCACCCAAUUUUCCUCUCCUCUUCCCAUAAUUUCCUGCACGACGUUUUCCUCUCCCAUCCCAUUGCAUUGAAUCUCCCAUUCCCAUAAUUUCCACCCCAGUACCAGAAUUCCCUCACCCAACUUUUCCCUCCCACUCCAUCCCAUUGCAUUGCAUUGCAUCGAUUCAGACUUCCUCACCCAAUUUUUCUCUCCCAUCCCAUUGCAUUGCAUCUCCUCUUCCCAUAGCAUUGAAUCUCCCAUUCCCAUAAUUUCCACCCCAGUACCAGAAUUCCCUCACCCAACUUUUCCCUCCCACUCCAUCCCAUUGCAUCGCCUCUUCCCAUAAUUUCCUGCACCAGGUUUUCCUCUCCCAUCCCAUUGCAUUGAAUCUCCCAUUCCCAUAAUUUCCACCCCAGUACCAGAAUUCCCUCACCCAACUUUUCCCUCCCACUCCAUCCCAUUGCAUUGCAUUGCAUCGAUUCAGACUUCCUCACCCAAUUUUUCUCUCCCAUCCCAUUGCAUUGCAUCUCCUCUUCCCAUAAUUUCCUGCACCAAGUUUUCCUCUCCCAACCCAUUGCAUUGAACCUCCCAUUCCCAUAAUUUCCCUCUCCCACCCCAGUCCCAGAAUUUCCUCACCCAGUUUUCCUCUCCCAUCCCAUCCCAUUGCAUCUUCUGCUCAGAACCCCCUUGCCCCAUUUCUGCCUUCUCACCCCAUUCAAUCCAAUUGCACCCUAUCCCCUUAAUUGUGACACCUCCCCACCCCAAACAAACCUUUUAACAGCCCCCUUCCUGCCUGCCCGACUCAGCCUCAUCUCACCCCUCCCAUCUUCUCUUGCAGCUGGAUCCUAAUCCUGUUUAGUCAGAAGUCAAUUGCAUCCCAGUGGGGUUUACUUCCAGGCAAGCAGGCUUAGCCUCCCUCCCUUCAAAUCCUUUCCCCCACCCUCUAAAUGCUCUGACUCAGACAAGCCCUUUUUUUUUCCCUAUUUCCUUUCUCCUUCCCCUGCUUUGGUCGUCCCCUUUGAAAUUUCCCUUAAAAAAAAUAAAGUCAAGCACCCCACCAGUUCUCUUCCUGCCCUUUAUCCACCCCCAUGUUAUCUCCCUGCCCUUUAUCCCCCCUUUAUAAUCCUCCUCCCCUAUUAUGACAUCUUCCUUUCUCCACUUCCCCUUCCACCCCCCCCUUCCCAUCUCUUGCUUCCUCCACCCUGCCCACCGCUCUGUCCGUGUCCUUUCUCCUCCAGCUGUGCGGUGCAUCCAGUCUGUCUGCCUUUGUGUCUGAUGGAGAGCGUGCUGCUCCGGCCGCUGUUUGGGAUGAUGCCUCUUUUGGGUACCCUAACUUGGGAGGAUGCCCCCCAAACGUCUCUCCUAGCAAGCUGCAGAUCCAUCUCAAAAGUACCUAACAGAAGCUUCCUUGGGUGAGAACCAAGACACCGACUCUUGCCGUAAGCAGUCCUGGGACUUUUGGAGAAGCUAUCUGCAUUUUUUAAAAAAAUGGCAGACAACAAAGAAAGGAAUAGUAAGAAUACUGAUGUGAGACCGAAAACCAGCCGGAGUAGAAGUGCAGACAGGAAGGAUGGUUAUGUAUGGAGCAGGAAAAAACUUUCCUGGUCGAAGCGGAGCGACAGCAGUUCCGAUGCCGAAACAGCAAGUACUUCGGGGAAAUCUACAUUUAGUUUAAGGAACCAAGAACGGAAGCACAGCUGCUCCUCGUCAGAGCUGGACUUGGAGCGUUCGUGCGGCCACAGAUUCCUAGGCCGGUCUCUGAAGCAGAAACUGCAGGACGCCGUGGGCCAGUGCUUUCCGAUCAAGAACUGCAGCAGCCGCCAUUCUUCGGUGCUUCCGUCCAAGCGGAAAAUCCACAUCAGUGAACUGAUGCUGGACAAGUGUCCCUUCCCGCCCCGAUCUGAGCUGGCGUUCCGUUGGCACUUAAUUAAACGGCACACUGCCCCCAUAAAGCAAAAAUCGGAAAGCUGGUUCAGCAUGGCAUCUUCCCACGGCGAGGGGAAAGAUGGGGAAGUCGAGAGCGUGGACGGAGGAGGGUCGGCGGUUCUGCAGGUGUGCGAUUUCAGCGACGGCGCCUCCUGUACGUGCGACCCCCAGGGCGAAUCUGCCGCGGGUCGGCCGGCGAAGAACCGGGAAGAGAGCGACAUGGACUCCGAUGACGAAAUGGUCACGUUUUGCACCAGCUCCAGGAAACGAAACAAGCCCCGGUGGGAUCCCGACGACGAGCUGCUGCAGCUGGAAUCGCCUCCGAAAUAUCACACCCAGAUAGACUACGUCCACUGCCUUGUCCCUGACCUCCUCCGGAUCAAUAACAACCCAUGCUACUGGGGCGUGAUGGAUAAAUACGCAGCCGAAGCACUUCUGGACGGAAAGCCGGAAGGGACUUUUUUGCUGCGAGACUCUGCCCAGGAAGAUUACUUGUUCUCCGUGAGCUUUAGACGUUACAGUCGCUCUCUGCACGCCAGGAUUGAGCAGUGGAAUCACAACUUCAGCUUCGAUGCCCACGACCCAUGCGUCUUCCAUUCCCCCGACAUCACGGGGCUCUUGGAACAUUACAAAGAUCCCAGCUCUUGUAUGUUCUUCGAACCGCUGCUCUCGACUCCCUUAAACAGGACUUUCCCCUUUUCUCUUCAGCAUAUAUGCAGGACUGUGAUUUGUAACAAUACAACGUACGACGGCAUCGAUGCGCUUCCCGUUCCUCCAUCCGUGAAGCUGUAUCUGAAGGAAUAUCACUAUAAGUCAAAAGUUAGAGUCCUCAGAAUCGAUGUACAAACCUAAAAAUUAGUUUGAGGGGGGGUCUUUGUUUCGUUUUUGUUCAUUAGAGAGCCUUGGAAAAUUAGAGGGUCUGUCUUUCUCACUACCGUUUUUUUUCCUGGAAAAGUAUUUAUAGUCCAAACAGAUCUCCACGUCAGCCUUAUGACCAAAAUAGACCCGCCAGGCAGAUUAUUAGUGAAGACACAAAACCUGUGCAUUUAUUGGUAACAACACCUUGUAGGGUUUUAUGGAAUUUCAAGUAGGGUUUUUGUAACCUUUUCACUCAAGGCUAACCUUUUAGAUUUUCAGCUAAAUUCAAAACGGAAUUUGUCUUUUAUAUGCUGUGAUUUAUAAUAUGGUACAGGCAUGUUUAAAACACUGUAUGCAAUGGCUACUCAACAGCGACCAAUUUGUAUUUUAUACCUUUCUUUGAAAAUGAGUACUUUGUCCUCUCUAUAAGAAGUAAAAUUAAUGUCUAUUUAUGA